AUUCAUCCAAAUAAUGAUCAGUGACUUUACUGAAAUGUAACUCCUUUAUUUUCUCAGAUUUGUAUAACUAAUUACCCAAAAGUAGAAUUGGUAAAAUACAGGUGGCUUUCAUCUCUUCAUUUCUGCCUUACUUUUGCCUUUUUUCUUGUUGUACACUUUACCUCUCUCUCUCUCUCUCUCUCUCUUGUAAUUUCUAUGUGGAUUUUAUAUUUGUGGGAGAAACAAAAUAGCAAUGAAAUAAACAAAACAAUCUCCUUUGUGGGCUUAACCCAAAAGUCACCAAGUGCAUGGAGGUUCUUCAUUUCCAUCACAGAUGAUUUAAAAUUCCUGCAGAAAAUUUCACAAGAUAGACCCUUGAUUAAAAUCUCGAUUUGAUUUCCCCCUUAUUUCCCAUUUUUGGGUUUGUUCACAAUUGUCAACAAUGUCACUCAAAUAGGAUUUGGGGGAGAUAAGCAAACAUAAAGAAAAAUGGAACUCAGAAAAUCAGCCCUGUUCUUGUUGUUGGCUAUGGUUCUGUGCAGUGAUACUCUUGGAGUUUUUUCAAAUUCAUUUUCUGAUAGAAAGCAAUUGCAAGAUGAUUUACCAGCCACUGAAUCAUCUACAAAAUCACUGGAUCCAUAUUCGGAAAACUCUACCUUAACUAGUUCAAAUUACUCUAGACGGCUCGCUGGAGCUGAAGACGGAACUUCAACCUCGUCCGGUGAUGGCGACAGGCGCGCUUCUGAUGGUAAUACUGUAAGAGAGGUGACUGAUCAGGUGCAAGAACAAAAUAUAAAGGAAACUGAAGCAUUCAGGGAUGAUGUGAUGUUUCCAGAUUCGCGCAUUCGUCUGCUUAAGGACCAGCUCAUUCGAGCGAACAUUUAUCUUUCGUUUCCGGGGACUAGAAGUAACUCUCAGUUCAUAAGGGAGCUUCGGGUGCGAGUAAAAGAUAUUCUCAAAGUACUCGGAGAUGCCACCGAUGAUUCUGAGCUGCCUAGGAAUGCUUCGGAGAAGCUGAAAGCAAUGGAGAAAACCCUGCAUAAAGCGAAACAGAUACACGACGAUUGCACAGCAGUUGUGAAGAAGCUUCGCGCAAUGCUUCAUGUAGCCGAGGAGCAGCUCAAAGUCACGAAGAAGCAGACGUUGUUUCUUACACACUUGACCGCGAAGACAGUGCCCAAAGGACUUCACUGUCUUCCUCUGCGACUCUCAACCGAUUAUUUCAGAUUGAACUCGACACAACAGAAGUUCCCGAACAAGGAGAAGCUGGAUGAUCCGAACCUAUACCACUAUGCCUUGUUUUCAGACAACGUCUUGGCAGCAGCCGUCGUCGUAAACUCGACCAUAAUCCACGCAGCGGAUCCUUUGAAACAUGUCUUCCAUAUUGUGACCGACAGGCUGAACUACGCCGCGAUGAGAAUGUGGUUUCUCGCUUAUCCUCCCGGAAACGCGACGAUACAGGUUCGGAAUGUCGAAGAAUUCACGUGGCUAAAUUCGAGUUACAGUCCGUUUCUACGGCAGCACGGCGCGUUGUCAGUGAUCGAUUAUUUUUUCAAGAGUCAUCGCGUCGAGUUUAACUCCACCUCCCGGUAUAGAAAUCCCAAGUAUCUUUCGAUCCUGAAUCAUCUCCGGUUUUAUCUACCGGACGUCUUCCCUAAGCUAAAGAAGGUAUUGUUCUUAGACGACGAUGUUGUAGUCCAGAAGGACCUCGCCGCCCUCUGGUCCAUGGAUCUUAAGGACAAAGUCAUCGGCGUUGUUGAACGAUGCGAUGAAAGGUUUCAUCGAUUCGAUCAACACCUCAACUUCUCGAAUCCUCUGAUUUCGAAGAAUUUUAGCCCCCGCGCCUGCGGUUGGGCUUUCGGGAUGAAUGUCGUCGACCUGCAUGCGUGGAGGAAGAAAAAUAUCACGCAAGUUUAUCACAAAUGGCAGAGCCUGAAUCAGGACAGGCUGCUGUGGAAGCUCGGGACACUGCCACCGGGGCUAAUAACCUUUUGGAACAACACAUACCGGCUCGACAAAUCUUGGCACACGUUGGGGCUCGGUUACAAUCCAAAUGUGCCACGAAGGGACGUCGAAAGAGCUGCUGUCAUACACUACGACGGCAACUUAAAGCCGUGGCUCGAGAUAGCCGUACCGAAGUUUCGAAGCUUCUGGACAAGGUACGUCGACUACGAUCAACUGCAUUUGCGCGAAUGCAACAUCACGCCGUGAGCGUGCACGGCGGAUGGUAUUUGGAACAGCAUCGUCAUCGUCGGUUUUCGGGGAACAUGGGCGUGUUGAUGAUUCAUUCAAUCAAAACGGGGGCAACACGGGCGUGUUGAUGAUUUGUUCAAUCAAAACAGGAUAUAGUCUUAUUGCCCUGCCGACAGUGCCAAACCUUUGUGACACCGAAUGAAAACAGCCCAACUGGUUUCCCACUCUCCCAGAAAAAAACCACACGUUAGUUGUCAACAUUUUCUUUCUCAAUUGACAAAACAUGGUCCAGACAGCAAUUGAAAAAGGAUCAGCAGGUGUGUUAGGUUGUCUCUAAAUAAUAUCCCGAAAUUGGGGCUGUUAUGGCUUCAACGGGUGCUUGGGAUUUGUCUUUGUCUUCAACAACAGAUUGGCCCUCCCAUAUUACAUUAAAUUCCAUCCAUUUUCUGCUGCAUAUUUUAAUCCUUUAUUGCCAUAUUUUAAUCCAUUUUAAGAUGACCCUUGAUACAUAAGAUGGAAUGUAAGAAGUCUUGAGUAAAUGAUCUUCAUCAAAAGAGCCAAGAUUCAAUGUUUAUUUUUUUCUGCUUUUUUACAAUAGUUGGAGGCUUUGGAGCCACAUUGUAUGAUUUAAUUAUAUAUUUUUGUACUUUGUAUUCAAAAAGCAGAUAUACAUACAGAUCAGAAAUGAAGAAAAAGAUGAAAUCAAAGAAAUGUGAGCAAUUAGAAUCAGACAAAUCCUGGCAAACAAUCAUUAGAGGAUCUUUAAUCAAAUCAAGACCUGAAAGAGGCUUCUCAACGGUAGUUUUAAAGUUUUCGAAAUCACCCCCUCAAAGAAAACAUUGUUUUACAUAAAUUUAAGCAUGACUGGACCUGGUCAAACUUCACAGGAUUUUAUAAACAUUGGUUCAAACGCAUCACUUCAAAAAAUAUUUAUAUUAUAUAUAUAUAUGCUUGAUUCUGGCAUUUGUUUAUUGUGCUAUGUAUAUGUAUGUAGUGCAGUUGCUUCAAGAGUUUGGAAUAAAACAAGGGCAGCAAGUCUUUUGGUGAAUUUUCUUCUUUUGAGGGACAUAAGUGGGAGCAACCCAUCAAUCAAAGGCACCCCCACCCCCACCCCCACCUUAUUUGUCAGUUUAUUACACCCAAAGAAAAAAAUAAAA